UGUAUUUCCUGGCUCGCCCGCUCUCCAUAGCAGGAGAAGGAGGGCUCCCGAGGAGAAAACUACAACCCCCAUAGUCCAAUCGGAACGUUUAGAAGAGGCGCAUGCGCAGAAGAGGUAAAACGAGGAGUCUGUGUCUAGAACAACAACAACCUGGCAUUGCGAGGCGGGAAGGAAUCAGCGACCACCACGACCCCCAACCCUCCUUGGUUCCUGAGCCUUCUUCAUCCAUCAGGCUGGCACCAAGAUGACCCUCUUCCACUUUGGGAAUUGCUUUGCCCUGGCUUACUUCCCUUAUUUCAUCACCUACAAAUGCAGCGGCCUGUCAGAAUAUAAUGCUUUCUGGAGAUGUGUCCAAGCUGGAGCGACUUACCUAUUUGUUCAGCUUUGUAAGAUGCUGUUCUUAGCAACAUUCUUUCCAACUUGGGAGGGUGGUGCAGGUGCUUAUGACUUCGUUGGAGAAUUCAUGAAAGCCACCGUGGAUUUGGCUGAUCUGGUAGGAUUGCAUCUGGUGAUGUCCCGGAACGCAGGAAAAGGGGAGUACAAGAUUAUGGUGGCUGCCAUGGGAUGGGCCACAGCAGAGCUCAUCAUGUCCAGGUGCAUCCCACUAUGGGUGGGAGCUCGUGGCAUUGAGUUUGAUUGGAAAUACAUUCAGAUGAGCAUUGACUCCAACAUCAGUCUGGUUCACUAUAUAGCUAUGGCUGCCCUGGUGUGGAUGUUUACACGCUAUGAUUUGCCCAAACACUACCGACUGCCUCUCACUUUCCUCUUGGGAAUCAGUGUCUACAAGGCUUUCUUCAUGGAAUCUUUUGUCCACGUCUUCCUCCUGGGCAGCUGGACAGCCCUCCUGGUUAAAGCUGUGAUCACUGGCCUCCUUUCCCUCAGCUCCUUGACUCUCUUUGUCACCCUGGUGCACAGUAACUGAGGUUUGAACUUUCCUCUUUCCAUUAGCAAGAGCCAUUGCCUCUACAUCCUGGGGCUGCACAGCAAAGUUCUUCUUGCCAUGAUGGCACACAGCUUCCUCCUACCUGCUGUGAGAUCAGUUCCAACAGGGCUUUUAUUCUCAAGCAACAGGACAAAUGAGAACAAUAAAAAAAGUUUUGUUUUUAUGA